AUGAAGCCCCCCGGGCGCCUCGCCACCGCCGCGCUGCUCGUCGCGGCGUCGCUGCUGGUCAUCACCCUCCUCACCUCGCCGCUGCCGCUGCUGCCGCUGCUCCCGUGCCUGCCGGCCGUCACGGCGCCCUCGGGCGACGGGUACGCGCCCCCGGGCCUCACCGCGCUCGCCGACGCCGCGCUCUACUACGCCACCACGCCCGACGUCCCGCAGCAGUCGCGCGACGAGAUCUCGCUCUCCCUCGCCGUGCUGCGCCGCCGCGCGCCGCUGCGGCUGCUGGUGUUCGGGCUCGGCCACGACUCGCCGCUCUGGCACGCGCUCAACCCCGGCGGCGUCACCGUCUUCCUCGAGGAGGACCCGGAGUGGUACCGCAUCGUGCGCGCGCAGUCGCCGUUCCUGCGCGCGCACCUCGUCAGGUACCGCACGCGCCUCGACCACGCCGACGUCCUCUUCCGCUCCUACCGGAACUUCCCCACCUGCGUCCCCGGCGCCGACGCCGAAGGCGACGUCCCCUUGCGGGUCCGCGGCAACGCCGACUGCCCGCUGGCGCUGCACAACCUGCCGCCCGAGGUGUACCAGAACGACUGGGACAUGCUCAUGGUGGAUGCGCCCAAGGGGUACUUCCCGUCGGCGCCCGGCAGGAUGGCGGCUAUAUGGACGGCGGCGGCGAUGGCGCGGGCCAGGCGCGGCGAGGGGGACACCGACGUGUUCCUCCACGACGUGGACCGCAGGGUGGAGAGGAUGUACGCCGAGGAGUUCCUCUGCGAGAGGUUCCGGGUGGGGGAGACCGGCCGGCUCUGGCACUUCAGGAUCCCGCCGGUGUCACGGCGGAACGGCACGGCCGGCGGCGGCGACAAGAGGCCCUUCUGCUGA